CCCCUGGGCCUGGACUCCGGAAGACAAGGACUUGGGUGGGGCCCUCCUACCGGAACACUCGCGACAGGACCCCGGUUCUCCCAUUGGAUUUCUGAUUACAAAGUUUCCACCAAUUCAGCUUCUCCCCUGACCCCGAGGGUGCGUUCAUGGGGCCCCGAGCCCUCCUCCUGCUGCUCUCCGGGACCCUGGUAUUGACCCAGCCCUGGGCGCGUGAGUGCGGGAUGGGGAGAUAAAUGGCUUUGGGGGGUGGAAGGGGAGCGCGAGAAGAGCGUGGUUGGGGGACAGGACCCUCAGGGAAGGCGCGUCUCCAUAACCCCGGUCCAGAUCCCGCUACUCAGCCCCUCGGACCCGCCCCGUCCUUAUCCUCCCCUGUCCCUGCCUGGUCUCCGCACCCUCUUCUCACUCACUCGGGUCUCACGCUGUCCUUUUCCGUCUCACGCUCUCUUCGUGCCCUCCCCGCUCCUGGUCCCAUCACGUCGGACCCGGGGUCCAGCGCCUCAACCCCCCGCCCCUUGCCCCCAGGUCCCCACUCCCUGAGGUAUUUCUACACAGCCGUGUCCCGACCGAGUCGACGGGAUCCCCGCUUCUCCGUCGUCGGCUAUGUAGACGACACGCAGUUCGUGCGGUUCGACAGCAAUGCCCCGAAUCCGAGGGAGGAGCCGCGGACACCGUGGGUGGAGCUGGAGGGCCCGGAGUAUUGCGAUCGGAACACACGCAUCUACAAGGACACCUCACAGAAUUUCCAAGUGAGCCUGAAUGUCCUGCGCGGCUACUACAACCAGAGCGAGGCCGGGUCUCACACCUACCAGUGGCUUUGUGGAUGCUAUGUUGCGCGGGACGGGCACCUCCUCCGCGGGUACAGUCAGUUCGCCUAUGAUGGCGCGGAUUACAUCGUCCUGAACGAGGACCUGCGCUCCUGGACCGCGGUGGGCAUGGCGGCUCAGAUCACUCGGCGCAAAUGGGAGGAGGAAACUGUGGCAGAGCAGAGCAGAGCCUACCUGGAAGUGGCAUGCGUGCAGUCGCUCCACAGAUACCUGGCGAACGGGAAGGAGACGCUACAGCGGUCAGAUCCUCCAAAGACACAUGUGACCCGCCACCCCAGCUCUGACAAUAAAGUCACCUUGAGGUGCUGGGCCCUGGGCUUCUACCCUAAGGAGAUCUCACUGACCUGGCAGCAGGAGGGGCAGGACCAGAGCCAGGACGUGGAGGUUGUGGAAACCAGGCCCUCAGGGGAUGGGACCUUCCAGAAGUGGGCGGCCCUGGUGGUGCCUCCUGGAGAGGAGCAGAGCUACACCUGCCAUGUGCAGCACGAGGGCCUGCAGGAGUCCCUCACCCUGAGAUGGGACCCUCCUCAGCCCCCCGUCCCCAUCGUGGGCAUCAUUGUUGGCCUGGUUCUCGUCCUGGUCACUGGAGCCGUGGUGACUGGAGUUGUGAUCUGGAGGAAGAAGUGCUCAGGUGGAAAAGUAAGGAAAUACCAACAGGCUGAAAGGAGCAGCCGUAGCGAGAACUCUGGUGUAUGUUCGAUGCCUUUCAAAGCUGAGACCCUGGAGGCCCUGAGUGGGAAACAGCUGCCUUAUACAAGACGGACUGAUCAAGUAACAAACAUCUCCCUCAUGGCACUGUGACUUGAAGAUCCUCCGACUUUUCUUCUCAAAAGUAAUUUCAGGAGUCCCAGUUGAGGAUCAGUAGAUUAAGAACCCAACACGGUUUCCGUGAGGAUGCAAGUUUGAUCCCUGGCCUCACUCAGUGGGAGCCAACGUUGCCGUGAGCUGUGGUGUAGGCCAGCAGCUACAGCUCUGAUUUGACUCCUAGCCUGGGAACUUCCAUAUGCCACAGGUGCAGCCCUAAAAAGAAAGAAAGAAAGAAAGAAACCGUCAGGAGUUCCGGCUAUGGCGCAACUGGAUCAGCAGUGGCUCUGCAGCACCAAGACACAACUCCCAUCCCCAGCCUGGCAUACUGGGUUAAGGAUCUGGUGUUGACGCAGCCAUGAAGGUCCCAACCAUAGCUCCGAUCUGAUCGUUGUCCCAGGAAUCCCACAUGCCUCAGGGAGGCCAAAAGAAGGGAAAAAAAAGAGAAUACCAUCAAUUUAUAGAUAAUCAGUUGUCAUAUGACUAUAUAAGACUAUAUAUAUAUAUAUAUAGCUAUGUAUAGUUUUAUUAUCUGUAAAUUACUGAAUUGGGGGCUUAGCUUCGUAAUGUUUUGAAAUAGUUUCUCCCUGACCCCCACAUAACUUUAUUUUUAUACUAAAAAUAAAAUUCCAACCUUUCAGAGAAAGUGA